GCGACAGUCCCGCCCCCCUGACACUGCCUCGAGCCGCCGCCGCGAGAGCAUCCUCCGCCCAGAGCCGCUCCCGCCGCCAGAGCCGCCCCCGCCGCCGCCGCCGCCGCCUCCGCCGAGGGAAGGGAAGCGUAUCGUAUGUCCGCUAUCCAGAACCUCCAGCCCUUCGACCCCUUUGCGGAUGCAAGUAAGGGUGAUGACCUGCUCCCGGCCGGCACUGAGGACUACAUCCAUAUAAGGAUCCAGCAGCGAAACGGCAGGAAGACCCUCACCACAGUCCAGGGCAUCGCGGAUGACUACGAUAAAAAGAAACUGGUGAAGGCCUUCAAGAAGAAAUUUGCCUGCAAUGGUACUGUAAUUGAGCACCCCGAGUAUGGAGAAGUGAUUCAGUUGCAGGGUGACCAGCGCAAGAACAUCUGCCAGUUCCUUGUGGAGAUUGGACUGGCUAAAGACGACCAGCUGAAAGUCCACGGGUUUUAAGUGCCUGUGGGCCACUGGAGCUUUAUGCAAGAAGAUAUCCUUACCAUGAAAUUCCCACCUGUCCCUUGUCAUAAGUUUAAAACCAGCCGGUUUGUGUAAUGUAACGAUCUUGGGUCCACUGUUGAGUCUGGACUGUUGUAAUUGGUGAUGUAAUAAACUGACACGAGCCCAUGCUA